CUGCCGCCUGGACCCAUGUAGCACCAUGACAGGGAUCGCCGCCGCCUCCUUCUUCUCCAAUACCUGCCGCUUCGGGGGAUGCGGGCUGCAGUUCGCGACCCUGGGGGAGCUCAUCGAGCACAUCGAAGACAACCACAUCGAUACUGACCCACGAGUGCUAGAGAAACAGGAACUGCAACAGCCGACAUACGUAGCUCUUAGUUAUGUUAACAGAUUUAUGACUGAUGCUGCUCGCCGGGAACAAGAAUCUCUUAAGAAAAAGAUUCAGCCUAAACUAUCUUUAUCAAUAUCAAGUACCAUUCCUCGAGGAAGUAUUUCUACACCACAACGUCACAAUAGCGGCAGCCUUACUCCACCGGUCACCCCACCUGUUACUCCAUCGUCAUCAUUCCGAAGCAUUACUCCCACAGGAAGUGAAUAUGAUGAAGAAGAAGUAGACUAUGAAGAAUCAGACAGUGAUGAGUCUUGGACCACAGAAAGUGCGAUUAGUUCAGAAGCUAUUCUGAGUUCUAUGUGCAUGAAUGGAGGAGAAGAGAAACCUUUUGCCUGUCCUGUUCCUGGAUGUAAAAAGAGAUAUAAGAGACUGUCUACCUUCUACAUGCCACCAAUCAGGAAUGUGAUGGAAUAUCCCCCCACUUGCCUGAACGAGCGCAGCUCCAACAACACUCAAGAAGCUUGCCACGGUGCAGGACAAAGCAGCCCGCUUGAUUGGCACCAUAUACACAAGCAUCUACUACCAACGCUCAGUAGCAGCAGUGUGCACCAUCUAGAAGAUGCGCUGUAGAAAUUCGUCAAGGCUCCUCAGACAGCACCUUUCAAACCAGGACACUCCCAUCCUGAAGGACAGGAUUACAGAUACAUGGGAACACCGCCACUUGCAUGUUCUCUCCAAGCUGCAAUGAGCUCUGCUAUUCCCUGAGUCAUCACAAAAGUUCUAAAUCUUAAAUGUGCACAGAUUUAACAAUUUAUCUGACCUUCAGCCACUGAUUAAAAAGUUCAGUCCAGGUUUAUGUACUGUA